AUGAACGCAUUUAGCGGAGUUGAAUACCUACCCAUGCAUCCAAUGGCAUCCCCAAUAUCUGUUGUGGACAUCUUCUUCCCUGGGUUCAGUACCCUCAAUGCCUCUGCGCAGCAGCUUCUUCUCAACAACGCGAAUGGCUAUGUUCGGCUGCUCUGUAUGGGGGCUGUUUUUGCAAUAUUUGCUCGCUAUGUAUAUGGCUAUGCGAAUGAAUUGAUCAACAAACAUUUCAGUCCGACCAUCCACGUGUACUACUAUGACGAGGCAUAUGAAAUGAUUAAGUACUGGGUACAACAACAACCAUUUGCCAAAGAAGUAGCUUCUCUAAUGGUUCGCGUCAAAACUCGAACCGUUGUUCAGGAUCAAUUGUUAAGAAAGAAGCCUCUGUCGUACUCCCCUUGGGAUGGAUCUUUUGGCUUUUGGUACAAGAACCACUGGCUUACGCUUCACUGCCAUAAAAGAGAACAUCAUGAGGAGAUUUCCAUCUCGUGCAUUGGCACAUCUCCAAAGAUCUUAAUGGACCUGAUGAAAGAGUGCCGUGAGCAAUAUCUCAGUCUCAUUCAGCGGAAAGUGCCAGUCUUUCAACCAGAGGGUGGCGAGUGGAAGCGGACUGGCUUGAGACCCGCAAGAGACAUUUCCACCGUCAUAAUGGACGAGGAAGUGAAGAAAAAUGUCUUGGAAGAUAUGAGACAAUUUCUCGAUGAACAAACCCAAGAAUGGUAUACGUCCCGAGGGAUUCCCUACAAACGAGGAUAUCUCUUAGAUGGCCCUCCCGGGACGGGAAAGUCUAGCUUCUGUCUUUCUGUUGCCGGCGUAUAUGAGCUGGACAUAUAUAUUCUCAAUUUGUCCAGCCUGGGUGAUGCUGGACUGAGUAAACUUUUUACUCAGCUUCCUCCACGUUGUAUCGUCCUCCUGGAGGACGUGGAUGCCGUUGGCUUGGAUCGUAAAAAUACCAGCGUGGGGCAAAACCAGAAGGAUGCGCCUCAACGUGGAGUAUCACUAUCCGGACUCUUGAAUGUCAUUGAUGGCGUCGGGUCACAGGAGGGUCGCAUACUCAUCAUGUCAACAAAUCACAUCGACCAUCUAGAUGAAGCCCUUAUUCGCCCGGGCCGUGUGGACAAAACUAUUUUGUUUAAACGUGCUGACAAUAAAAUCGUCACUCAACUUUUCUGUACCAUCUUCAAACGGACGCCUACUGGAUAUGAGCAACCAAAAAAGGAAAUCGACGAUUUGGCGAUUGAAAGACUGGCUGAAGAGUUUGCCGCUCAUGUACCAGAGGAAGAGUUCAGUCCGGCCAAAGUUUUGUCAUUCCUUCUAGAGCAUAAAAAUUCGCCUGCUGAUGCUGUGAGCGGUGUUCACGAAUGGGAAGAACAACGACGACGAAAGGAAGCAAAACGACGACAAGAGAUAGCCGAACGGAACCUGAACUUAGAAAUACUACAGACUCGAAAUACGACGCUUCCCGAAUUUCUCGACGCAUGCCACGAACAUCUCUUCCUCGGUCUGACUAUUCAGAAGGACAAGAAGUCGUCAACAAAGGGUGAUGCUGCAAAUGCGGACCGCAAACUGCGACCGAGCAGAAUUCAGGAAUGGGUAGACUUUCCAGACGAGCAGACGGCAAUAUGGAAGGACCUAAUGGAUGAAGAUUUUGUUACUGAACGUCACUUUACACCGCUGCUGGCUCCAAAAGAAUAUGUAAAGGAGGUUACAGAAAGGAUGCUCAGCUCGGAGCUAGAUUUAGGUUACUUCCAGCGCCAUAGCGUGGAAUCGCGCGUCGCCUCGGCCAUUAAGCAGCUCCAUGCCAACCCGCAACUACAGCGAAGAUUUCAUCUCAAUGGAGACGUGACUUUUGAAAACCAUGCCAAUACACUGACGGAUGAAUCCAGAAUAGUCACAAACAUGAACUCUUUAAGUUUGGAGCAGGAAGGACUUCGUCGCUCGGAGCGCCUAGCAAGACGGUCAAGGGACACUUCCAGAUCAACAUCACGAAUGAGAAGACAAGCGACCGCACAGCCACGUCUGCCUCGUCCUCGCGCGGACCAGUUCUGCGUUUACAAUCGUGGACCGGACGAGAAGGUUCCGUCUUUUCUCAUCGAAUACAAGGCCCCGCGUAAGCUGUCUCUCGCCCACAUCAAAGCCGGACUGCAGGACAUGGAACUUGACCACAUCGUACGAUACCAGAAAGACGAAUCGCCGGAGGACAUUUGCCGUCGUGUUGUCGCCGCAGUGAUUACACAGCUCUCCCACUACAUGUACGAAGGCGGAAACGAGUACGGCUGCGUGGUCCCGGGCGAAGCAUUCAUAUUCCUUCGAGUGCUUUAUAGCAAUUCAUCGACCGUACUCUACUAUCUAUCAGUACCGCAAGAAGAUGUUGGCAAUACUACCGGCUGGGCCGGCGAUGUAAAUGGUGACAAUCGGCUACAUCUGACCGCAGUCGGCCAGCUCUUAGCUUUCACUCUGCGAGCUUUGCGAACUUCCCCGCGGGAUAUAGCUUGGAGAGACUGGGUAGCAAGCCAGUUGGAAACAUGGGAAAUGGUAUAUGAUGACCUACUGGAGAAAAUCGAGGAGAAGGACAUUCCUGCUUCUGACUACAAACCACCGCUAAGCCGAACGAAUUAUUGCCGCCAGUCUCCAGUGAGGACCAGGUCAAAGUCUGUGAUGGCCAUUUCCUGUGAUCCAUCGCAAGAAUCACGAUUAUCAGAUCAUGAAUACGAUACUGAUGAUAGCUUGGAUCCAUCUACUCCCAGUCGAGCGCCACGUGACUCUCGGUUUCCUCAGCGUCAAGCCACAGCCGCCACAACCCGAAUUUCUACCAGGUCACAACAUUCGUCUUCGAAAGGCAAGUCUCGAAAGUAUUGUACUCAACAGUGCCUUCGGAGUUUGCGCUGGAGGGGACCACUGGAUAGAAAAUGUCCCAAUGCGAGCGAGCAUGGAGUCGACCGACAUCGACUAAACACCAAGAUGGCUAUCAAACUAUUGGAUCGACAGCUCUCCAAUGACCCGGACCCCAACUCAGAACUCGGAUGCGAAUCACUUCAUGUACAUGGCAUACGCGGGGCUCUUUUCAAAAUCACUCUCUGGUCCCAUGGGUAUACCUUUGUUGGGAAAGGUGGUCCGGUCGAAUUCAUCGAGUGUGCUAAGCGGGAGGAGAUGAUGUACUCCCACCUCAGUGCGAUUCAAGGGCAGUUCGUUCCGGUAGUCCUCGGCGGACUCAAUCUUCGUCGACCGCUUUCAUAUGACGGGAUCGCCAAGAUGGUCCACUUGACUUUAAUGAGCUACGCGGGGAGAAAUUUGGCCAAGCGGCAUGAAUCUGAUCACGCUCAUCUCAUUCAGCAGGCCGAGACAUCGUUACGUGCAAUUCAUGAACUUGGCAUUCUCCAUAACGAUCCUAUUCCGGGGAACAUGAUCUGGAACGAAGAGAAUAAACGGGUCAUGUUCAUUGAUUUCGAGCGAGCGCAGUAUCAAAAACGGAUGCACUAGGUUCUAUUGCCGCCAAUCAAAAACGAAAGCGGGUGACCAGCGUCUGGGAUAAAAGCCCAAACAAGCGCUCCGAUACCUUUCAACGGGAGUUAUCACGCAUGAGGUCUGAACUACAAUCUUGAAACUUGAGACUUGUCU